AUGAGUUUUUUCUUUAGAUGGUCUGAUAAUACUAGUCUGGUAGAAGCGUCAGGGUUCAACCAGCAGUGGUCGCUGUCGCAACUGCUCGCGGAGUUCGGCGAGCUGUGCCAGUGGCUCACGCACGUGCAGGAGGAGAUCUACUCUAGUCCCGAGAACCUGUCCAGCAGGAAGCUCAGAAUGAACCAAAAGUUUUCGUCAGGUGAUAAAGCAGCUCCUUCUGCAAAUAUUCUUCUUUCUGGCUUAAUUGGGUGGUCUCUGGUAAUGGUUAUAGCCUCAGGGUUCAACCAGCAGUGGUCGCUGUCGCAGCUGCUCGCGGAGUUCGGCGAGCUGUGCCAGUGGCUCACGCACGUGCAGGAGGAGAUCUACUCUAGUCCCGAGAACUUGUCCAGCAGGAAGCUCAGAAUGAGUCGGAUGUCGGAGUUGGUGUCAGUAGAGCCCCGACGAGCUAAGUUCAUGGAGCAAGCCACCGCCAUCUUGGAGAGGAUACCAGAAGCAAGCGCGGAGGUAACAUGGCGCAUGGAACAUCUGAACGUGAAGUGGGAGGGUCUCCGCCUGCUGCUGAGUCCUGAACAGCAGCAUAGGGACGGAGAUGGCUCCGACACUGUUGAUACCGCACACGAGCUCCGUUGCCUUCGCCGCUGGUUACACGGCAUGGAGGGUCGUCUCCCGCCGCCGUCGCUCGCCGCCGCCCGCGCCGCGCCCUACCACGAGUUGCUGAGGAAACUGAGCGAGCAUCAGGUAUUACAACGCGACGUGGAAUGCCACGGUCGGAUCGUGAGCUCCGUGGUGCGCCUGUGCGGCGGAGGCGACGCUGCGCGCGCGCUGGAAAGACGCUGGCACCUGCUGUACUUGAGGGCCAUUGAGUGGCAGUGCCAUCUGGAGGCGUGUCUUGCCAGGAUCGAUAAUCAGGGUGGGGCGUCAGUGGAAGCGGCGAGCGACAGCGACGACGAGCCCGCUCUGAAGCAGCCCCGGCUCAGCAGGCGAGGCUCCCCGCGACGACAGCGGACACCCGUCAACAGGAGGAGGCAGCGCUCGGAGGACAGCCGGCAAUCCGCCUCUGAGGAGGAACAAGAAUAUGUGCUGACCUACACCUGGCGCGGCUUCGGCUCGGACUGUGAAUCGGAGGUGGCUCGCUACCACGACCACAACAUGGCGGACGAGCGGCGAGUGCCGUGCGCGCGCGAUAUGGCUUCCCCGCACACGGACCAGACCGUCCCCGGGGCGUUGGACCAGAUGGAUGGCAUUGAACUGAGCACGACGAUCAACAUAGAGGAAAAGCUGAAAACGCCACCGACCGUCAUCAAAAGAAAGAAACCAGUGGACUCAUCGAAAUUCAACCAAUCUGACAGAAAAUCUAAGAACUGUGCAACUUUCUACUUCAGACACCACGAUACGGACUCUGACAGACAAAUGAUUGAAACCGACGAAAAAUCUCAGGAAGAAUCAUCAGAAGAAGACGAAUGGACUUACGUUGGUGCUCCUAAAAUUGCGAAUGAAGAUUCUACGGAUAUAAUGACGUCAUCAGUGGAGAUACAAUGCGAAUUACCUUUGGAUGAAAAGAAAGAUACCGCGUCUCCAAAGCCGAAAUUGGAAUCGUCUACGCCUGAUUUACUUCGUGUGGAAAAUACCAGAUGUAAAGAUAUUGAAAGAUUGGUCAUACAGGCUGAGGAAUUGGUGCAGAAGCAAGCUCAACAAAUGGCGAAGAAGAAAGGAUCAAGGACGUUUAAACCGCUCAUGUUUGAAGAGGAAGGCAAGAAUAUUAACAGGAACAAAAUGUCGCGGAUUAAAGAAUGGCUCAAUCAAAGCUCGGAUGGCAAAAACGAUAGUAAUCAGGGCACGGAAAGUUAUGACGCAUCUGGCGAAUACACAACUGAGAGUGAGGUUGACACCUCGCUGACGUCAGAGGAACGGAACCUGCACUCCUCAAUGGAUAUGAGCACGUCAACCUGCACUGUCACUCCUACGCACCACGCCAAGGUACAACUGCGAAAGAAGCGGGGCGGCAACAGCGCGCGUCCGUGGUCGGUCUCCUGUCUCUCUCAGCUGAGCGGGGCGGUGGCUUCUCUCGUGGCCACGCCCACAGCGGGCGACGUUGCCGCUAUGUCGCACAACAUGUCGAUAUCGGAGUCAGCGCUCAAUACAUUGGCGUCGCAGCAAAGGGUGACGCCGGCUAAUUCGAACUCGAAAUUGAGAGGCAGUUCGACUACAGUGCAGGGCCACGUAUCCAGCACAAAUACAAUGACAGAAGCCUGCACAUCCUGCGUGGAAACCUCCGACAAGCAGUGCUGGCUGCGGCGCAAGCGACUCAAGCUGCGACGUCACAACAACUCAGCCAGAAGGGAGCGCCUGGUCAAAAGUCAGUCCUUCUGUGGGCGACUCAGUCCUGAGAUAGAGGAUAAGCACGAGAGAAGUGCUGCAAGCGACCCCGCUACUAGCAGGAAGGGACGGUAUGUAUUAAAUAAAUAAGCUGUGACGUCACAACAACUCAGCCAGAUGGGA